AUGUCUGAGUCGGUGUACAGGAAGACGCCCUUGCCUGUCCGUCUAGACCUAAACAAGAGGAACACGAAGGAGCAGUUGAGUCAAGGAACAGAUGACAAGCGAGGCGCCUUACAAGGAGUCGGCGUGUCCUGCCCCACGAAAGAGUCCCAGAAGGACUGCAACGAGGUGAUGCGAAAAGAUCUUGUGCACUGGCUCGCUGAGCAUGGGAUUGCAGGACCGCCUCCCUCACCCGAGGCGGAGCAGAAGGCGAUGUGGGCAUGGAUCCGGGACUUUCACAAGGAGUACAACGAUGAUUGGUAUGCGAGAAACAUGCCGCGACUACGAGACCAAUUCAGACCUAUCUUUGUCCAGGAGAUGAAACGAAUGCGCGGCGAUACUGCAAAGACGACACCUAUUAGUCAGACUGCAACGCCUAGCCCAAGUGACGAUCUCUUGGACUUUGGACCUCCUGAGCAGCCAGCGCCGGCGCCGGCGCCGGCGCCUGCAAGUGUGGACCUUCUGGACAUGUGA